UCCAAUCCUCUCUCUCCCUCUCUCUCUCUCUCUCUCUUGAUAUUUUCUCUUCAUCUUCUCCAUUUCAUCUCUACACCUGAAUAAAAAAAAAACUUUCAAAUCACCAACACACACACACACAUAUACAUACACAUAAUAUCUCUAACUUCAACUACUUCAAUGUUUUAAUCUCAUCGAUCCGUUGAAACUGUAGAUACACACACACAGAUUCGUUUCGUAUAUCGAUUCGUAUAUCAAUUCGUAUAUAACAAACACCUCAGAAGAUGCUAGAUCUUAAUCUCAACUUUGUUAACGAAGACGAAACGCCGUCGUUUCGUGACGUAGAAGAAUCUGGAACCUCAAACUCCUCCGUCGUGAAUGCCGAAGGUUUCAAUUCCAGUAAUGCCGGCGACGGCGACGGCAACGGCGACGGAGAUGAAGAUACUGAGAGCAUAUCCUGCUUCAAUUUCGACAUAUUGAAGGUCGGAGAUACAAGUGCAAACAAUGAAAUUGAGGAGAAUCGGAACCGAGUUGUGACUCAGUCCGAGUUCCUGACUCAGAGUUUGUUUCCGGUGAGUCAAGGAGGCGAGUCAGGGAUGGUUAGUCAGGCUAACACGUUGUUGUUGUGUCCUGGAGGUAAUGAAUUGCAGGAGAUGAGAUUGGUACAGCUGGAUGUACAACCGCAGAAGCCGAACGUACAACCGGCUGGUAAGAAGAGCAGGAGAGGACCUAGGUCAAGGAGUUCACAGUACAGAGGUGUUACUUUUUAUAGGAGGACUGGUAGAUGGGAGUCUCACAUAUGGGAUUGUGGGAAACAAGUUUAUUUAGGUGGAUUUGAUACUGCUCAUGCUGCAGCUAGAGCUUAUGAUCGCGCUGCGAUCAAGUUUCGUGGCGUUGACGCUGAUAUUAAUUUUAGUAUAAAUGACUAUGAGGAGGAUAUGAAGCAGAUGCCUAACUUUUCGAAAGAAGAAUUUGUGCAUAUACUAAGACGACAAAGCACUGGAUUCGCGAGGGGAAGCUCGAAAUACAGAGGGGUGACGUUGCACAAAUGCGGCAGGUGGGAAGCGCGGAUGGGACAGUUUCUUGGCAAAAAGUAUAUGUAUCUUGGGCUAUUCGACAGCGAAGCAGAUGCUGCAAGGGCUUAUGACAAGGCAGCGAUCGAGUGUAACGGAAGAGAAGCCGUGACCAACUUCGAACCCCGUUCUUACGAAGGAAACACACUUCCUGCAAUUCAUCAUGAAAAUGAUCACAACCUGAAUUUAAGCUUGGGAAUUUCGACCCCUUCGCAUGGAGCGGGCUCAAGUAGAACUGACAAUGUAGAGCAAGUCCAUUUGAAUUACAUGCAUGAUCCUAGGAGAUUACAGUUGGAGAACCCUGUUUCAAGCACAGUAGGCAUGACAGCUCUUAAAGGGCUACCCAUAAGUUCAGGACACUCUUCAUCUUGGAGUGGUGUAUACCCAACCUUCGUCCCUAACUACGAGGGAAGUGCAACAAGUAGCAAGACCAUCGCAGUGUCGCCGCAAGGACCACCAUACUGGGGGUAUCAAAUGCACAGUCUCAACCACUUCCCCGCAGCAUCAUCAGGAUUCGCAGCUCCAGCAGCCACUUCUGGCAGCCACCACUCAAGAGAUACCAUUUCAAUGGCACCUCACAGCAUCCAUUUUUCUCCGCCUACAGCCGCCACAAGCUCCUCCCAAUACUAUUACCAGAUAAGGCCGCCGCCACCACCACCUCCACCCUAACUUUGUCUAAAAAAACAUUGUUGAUAUUGACUUAUUGGCUGAUUGCUUCAUAUAGUAAUAUUGUUACAGCAGCAGGACUGCCUAAUUAUUCAUAGAUGUGUGUGUAAGAAUCAUUGAGGUAUGGUACCAGUAUGUUUCUAAAGAA